CCCAACAGUUGCCAUUUUAAGGAAUUCAUCAACCUCCUGAAGAUGCUCAGUAUAGUUUUAUACUAGAGAGAGCUCAAAUCAAUGGCCUCGAUGGUAUCUUUUCAACACCCAAGAAACCCAAUGAUAUUUCCUCCUGAAAGUGGACCUAGAGUUGCUAAUACAAUCCCAUACUCUUCUUACUUCUAUUGUAGCCUUCAAAUCUCUCCACCUUCUUCUCUAAACCCAAGUAAACUCAAACCCCUGUGCUUCUACGCGGCCUCCAAGGCGAGCAACUCCACUGCCAAGGUUUAUCGCCGCCAGAAACACAAAAACCCUCUAAAUGAAAGGAAAUUUAACAAUGAUGAUCAAAAUGAUGAUGACCCAUUGCGUGGAAACUCCUCAAUUGUCCUUCCAACCGUUGAUUUGAUGAGUUUGUGCAAGCAAGGCAAGAUUAAGGAAGCAUUGGAGUAUGUUGGUCGGGGUGCUUUUGCUGAUUAUAAUGUCUUUGGUGCUCUAUUGGAUUCAUGUGGGAGUUUGAAGUCGCUUGAUAUGGGUAAACGGGCACAUGAGUUAUUGAAACACUUACCGUUUGCUGGUGAUAUCGAAAUGAACAACAAAUUGAUUGGAGUGUAUGGGAAAUGUGGUAGUAUGAGAGAUGCACACCGGGUGUUUGAUAGAAUGCGUGAGAGGAACAUGGGUUCUUGGCAUUUGUUGAUAAGUGAGUAUGCAGCGAAUUUGCAGGGCGAAAAUGGUCUGUUGUUGUUUGAGGAGAUGAAAAAAUCGGGGUAUCAUCCCGAUGAGGAGACUUUUUUGGCUGUCUUUGCAGCAUGUUCUAGUGCAGGAGCCGUUGAAGAAAGUUUGUUACACUUCGAAGCAAUGAGGAGUGAGUAUGGUAUCAUUCCUGGGAUUGACCAUUAUCUUGGGAUAAUUAAUGUUCUUGGGAGUGCUGGUCAUUUGUGGGAAGCUGAGGAGUUCAUUGAGAGAAUGCCAUUUGAGCCCACAGCAGAAGUUUGGAGGGCUCUGAGGAAUUUUGCGCAAAUUCAUGGAGAUAUUGAACUUGAAGAUCAUGCUGAGGAGUUGUUGGUUGCUGUAGAUUCUUCUGAGGCCAGUGCUGACAAAAUCACGCUGCCUCCGAGGAAGAAACAAUCUGCUACAAAUAUGAUGGAGGAGAAGAAUAGGCUGGCCGAGUAUCGGUGUACAGAACCCUACAGGGGAGAGGGGUACGAGAUGGUGAAAGGUUUAAAUGGGCAGAUGAGAGAAGCAGGCUAUGUUCCAGACACAAGAUAUGUGCUUCAUGACAUUGAUGAGGAAGCAAAAGAGCAGGCCUUAUUGUAUCACAGUGAGCGCUUGGCAAUUGCUUAUGGUUUAAUUAGUACUCCUGCAAGGCAAACUCUUAGGAUCAUGAAGAAUCUUCGUAUAUGCGGUGACUGCCACAAUGCAAUAAAAAUUAUGUCAAGGAUUGUUGGGAGGGAGCUUAUUAUCAGGGAUAACAAGCGGUUUCAUCAUUUUAAGGACGGCAAAUGCUCUUGUGGGGAUUACUGGUGAAAAUGUUACUCUUUGAUGCUAUACUGUUGUGAUUGUACAUGCCUUUAAGUAACACAUGUAUUUUAUCACUGUAUUACGGGCAAGAAAAUUUGAUUUUCAUUUAGGGAUUACAGAACA